GUUGUGCAAUCCUGCACCCCAUAAAUAGAGCCUCACCCAGCCUCCGGAAGCUCCUGAAGGGCCAGCUCCCGAGGGAGCCUCUCGUCCUCUCCGGCAUCAGAGCCCAGCUGCUGGCCACCAUGAGGAUCCACUGCCUGCUGCUGCUCGCCUUCUGCUUACUCUCCUGCCCAAUCACCCCAGGUGCCAGCCUCACAGGUCUUGGCCACAGAGCAGACCAUUACCAGUGCGUGAAGAAUGGAGGGUUCUGCCUCUACUCCGCUUGCCCCACAUACUCCAGAAUUGUGGGCACCUGCUACAACGGGAAGGCGAAGUGCUGCACCUGAGCUGGGGUCACCACAGUGAACAAGGGAAGGGUCUGAAACACUUGUUUUAAUAAAGAAAAAUGUUUCCUGAAAGU